AUGGGCACAACUCUUCGUGUCGACCAUCUUCAUAGGACUCCGAGGCUACAGCCGACUUCGAAAAGUCGGUAUCGGACUCCAGGCGGACGACUGGAUUCUCCUCGCCGGGUAGACCUUUCUUCUCCUGGCCUCGGCCUGCUUGUCUUGGCUAAUGGUGGUCUUCUUAAUCCCAGGCAGCUUGACAAAGAUCACUAUCGCUCGAACCCAUCACAAUCUGCAGUCUCUCGCCCUGGGACUGACCAAGACUUCGCCGUGCACAUAAUCGCUACAUGGCAGGCCAUCUGUGGUGCUCCCGACCAGGGACAUAUCGGAGGGGAUAACUGCUGGAAAUUGAGCCAGUCUGUCACUUUUACCGUCUUUAGCGCUCCCCUCGCGUUGAGCAUAGGUGUCCUCGCUGGGAUCACGGGCGUGAUAAAAGCCGUCCAGGGGUAUAUGCUGAUCGACGUGCGAUCUCCCGACUACCUAAAUACCCAAGCGGUCUACUGGAUAUGGUCCAUAGCCGAGCCCAAAGUCACCAUCGUUUCCGCGUCCAUCCCCGUCCUCCGUGGCUUCAUCCGCAACGUCCGAACGCGCACCGAUUCGACGCCGAGAGCUAGUACAUAUCUCAAGACGGGCGACAACAGCACUGGGAGAUUCUAUAACCGCACCGUCACGGCAGGGCGAGCCCACCCGGAAGACCAAGACGGCGCAAGCGACAGCAGCAUUCUGGGACGGAGCCCUCAGGAUAGAGAUGGCGGCAGCGGAGGGGGCAUCACUUAG